UCAGAAGCACACUCUCCUAACUCUGGACUCUUUAGGCACCUCAGCACCAAACUGACCAUCGUUACAGCUGAACAUCAUGGCUCAACAGGAUGUCUAUGUUAAUGUAGACAGACCAUCACGUAAUCCUGGCAAAAAGAAAAGCUUUGGAAAAAGUCUAGAAAACAUUUAUGAAAAUGGAGACGCCCUGGAGUCAAAAAGAACUGGACCUGCAGGUGCUGCAGAUCGCAAAAGAGUGAAGAAGGGUUCCUGCAGAGGUGCUGCUGUGUGUCUGGGUCUGCUGUGUCUUCUCCUCCUGACUGGAUUCAUAACUCUGCUUCUCCUGUACACCACAGGCAACUCUGAGUGGGUCAAGUUGCAGACCAGCUACAAAAAUUUGUCUGAAGAGAGAGACUGGUGGCAGAGAAGAUUUGAAGACAUGGCCAAAGACAGAAAUGCUGUACAGACAAAUCUCCCAACAGGGGGGGUUAAGUAUGGCACCAGCCAUUACUACGUAUCUACUGAAAAGAAGACGUGGAAGGAGAGCAGAGAGGCCUGCCAGAGCAAAGGAGCUGACCUGGUGAUCAUCAACAGUGAGGAGGAACAGAAGUUCAUCAUUGAAUUCAACAAAAUAAUUUGGAUUGGGCUGACUGACCAAGAUGAGGAGGGUGUCUGGAAAUGGGUGGAUGGGACAACUCUGUCCACAAAGUACUGGUACUCUCCACAGCCUGACAAUGGGGGAACACUUGGAUAUGCAGAAGACUGUGCUGAGAUGUAUGUUGAAAGCCAUGAUCCAUUAUUAAAAUGGAACGAUGCCCAUUGUUCUCAAAGAAACUACUGGGUCUGUGAGACUUCAUCCAAUUGACAACCCAAACGUAUCAUGGAGAGUUGAUUCCUAAACUUCUUUAAAUAGGAGGGCCCUCUAUCAAUGUGUGGCAACAAGAUGACGAUGUAAUGUGCUUUACAGCUGUUAAUGAUUUGAUAACAGUU